AGAGCAGUCAGCCAAUAGGGAAGCUCACAGGAUUUAGGCUAGAUGCGCCAUUUUACUGCGUCUACAGCCAUCCGGCAAGAUGGUCCCCUUGCUUUGUCUACCCUGACCGGAGUUGUUUCGGUAUUCUGUGGCCAUUCUUGCUUCCGCACAAUCGAAAAUCUGCAAAUUGGAUCAUAUUGGGUCACCUGCAUCACAAAUAUUACGUGCCUCUGACAGUCAAGAAAUGACGACGGUGAAAAGCCGGUAAAAUGAGUCUACCCCUUUCUGAAUUAAGCCCGGACCAAAUGGCAGGAAAAGCAGAGGAGCCUGGUAGCUCAUCAGAAGCUAUGAAGCCGUCCUCCUCUCGCAACAAGAGGAAAUGCGCUACUGUAGCUAAGCACACUGGACUGAAUGAAUCCGACUCCGAUGAGAGUGAAAAUGAAGGUGCCACUUCUGACAAUCCUUCAGACAAUAACACAAGUAACAUGUCUAAAGGCACUUUAGUGAUGAGGCCAGCUGGGAAUGAAAAUAAAGGUGCCAUGAAGCUCAGAGUGGAUUUCAAACAGAAACAUACAGAUGAUACCCUGCAGAAGAAGAUAAGCUGCACUGCCUGUGGAAAGCAAGUAAACCAGUUUCAGCGCAACUCUGUGUAUGAGCAUCCUGUGCUCAAAGUACUUAUUUGCAAGUCAUGCUUCAAGUAUUACACAAGUGAUGACAUCAACAGAGACUCUGAUGGGAUGGAUGAGCAGUGCAGGUGGUGUGCUGAAGGUGGCAAGCUCAUCUGCUGUGACUACUGCAACAACGCCUUCUGCAAGAAGUGCAUCCUGCGCAACCUGGGCAGAAAGGAGCUAUCUGUCAUUACUGAUGAGAACUCAAAGUGGCACUGCUAUGUCUGCAGGUCAGAGCCAUUACAGGAUCUGGUUUCCAAAUGCCACAACAUCAUGAAAAAACAAGAACUUGAGCAACUCAAGCAACGAAAAAUGGAUAAAACAGAGGAACGUGAGAGCAAGAGGUACAAAAACAAAACAGUCAAAGAGCACAAAGCAGUUGUCAAUGGAAAGGAACACAUUGAAGGCUCAGGGACCAUGACAUUCUCCUACAAAAAACUGCAGAUACCCAAAGAACUUAUAAAGAAAGCAAAAAAGCUUGUUGAAACAACAACUGGUCUGAACAAUACAUUCAUCAAGUUCAUCCAGCAUGCUGCAGAGGAGCAGGGAGAUAAGUCUAUCAGGUAUCGGCAUUUGAAAGCCUUCAAGGCCGUGCUUGCCGAUCUGAGAAAAGCCCACGGUGCUUUGGAAGCAGCUUUGGUGCCCGAGUUCAGAAACAUGGAGGUGCAGAACGGUAACGAAGGGCAACAUAUUGUGAGAAGGAGCACUGAUGUUAUGGACCCUGAAGAAAAUGACCAUAUGGAUAAUGUGGUGGAUGCAAUUGAUGAGGCACAGAAGACGGACACAGAAGAGAAGCUGGACGAGGAGCAGCUUGAGGAGCACGGUGUCAAAAGUGAUCAAGUGUCUGAUGAACUGAAAGACAACCAAACAAAAACUGAUGUAACCAAAAAGACAGUUCAAACUGAAGUCUGUGAUGAUGGGCUUUUGUCAGGUGGUGAAAUGUCUCUAGAUCAUGACAUAAUGUCUGUGCCUCCUUCUGUUCCUGAAGAGCUCUUUCAGAUGGUGGAGAGUCUUGCAGACUCCACCAUGCUUUCACAGACAGACGCAGAUUUGGUCACAGACACUGAAAAAGAUACUAAGAAUUCAAAGUCAAAUGUAAACUGUGAGGACUCUCAAUGUCCCCAGCCUAAGGUGAAGAACCUCAUAGUCAAGCUGACUCCAGUGCCAGUUGUGACAACUUGUGGAUCAAGGUCCUUGAGGUCCAAACCCAGAGAAAAAAAUGAGGAGGUGCAAAAAAAGUCUAAAGAAGAAGAAUGUGAGCAGGAUGAGAGUGCUGCGGCUGCUGAUAUAGUAGAUGGGACAAACAGUCCACCACCCAGCCGUCGCUCUAGUAGAGUGAAGACCACUCCUUUGAGGAAGCAAGCAGAGAAUAAAGGUGAGGAAGAGUCCUCUGAGUCAGAGUCGGAGGAGGAUGGUAAGAACAUGGACAAAUCCUCCAAGAAAUCCGGUAAUGCUAAAAAAGAGGAUGAGAAGCAGACCAGGGCUUCACAGGAGAAGACAGUGGAUUCUGACUCGGAUGAAGUUCCUAGCGUACUGCUUGAAAAAGCUGCAGCGGGCCAGAGCACAGAUGAGGAACAGGGAAGCAUGAGUACUAAAAAGUGUUUAUUUAAACUAAACAACACAUCCACACAGAAUACAGAUAAAGUGUCCAAACGCAAAUGGAAGUGUGAAAGCUCUGAUUCAGACUUCGAAAACAAAAGUAAAAAGGUGUGCAAGAAGAACAAACAGGGGUCAGACUCCAACUCAGACUCUGACCAGGAGAGAAAGGGGAAGAGUAAAGUGGGCACAGCAAAGAGGCGAUCUAGCCGUGUGAAGAAACAAGACGGAGAAAAAGAGGAAGACAAAAACUCACCUGAGACGAAGCCAACCGAGCGGAAAAGAUCUUACGAAAAGAAGCGCAAGGGAAGGAGUUCCAAAUUGGCGUCCAAGCUGCAGUCGUCCUCCAGUGAGGAUGAGGACGAGCCACAGGCUGAAAGUGACUCUGGAGAGGACAGCGACGCGCAAAAGAUUAAACCCAUUGUUGAAGAUAACAUGGUGGGAGGUGGUGGACCUUUCCAUCAAUCAUCAGGAGAUGAAGUGGAUGAAGAGAAAGUUCCUCAUGUUGGUGACGAAGAUGAUGAUGAUGAUGAUCCUGAAAACAGGAUUGCAAAGAAAAUGCUGCUCGCCCAAAUAAAAUCUAACUACUCUUCUGGAGCAGAGAGCUCCUCUGAUAAUGAAGGAGCCGAUAAAGACACAUCGUCUGAAAAAGUUAAAAAAGAGGAUGAAGAGGGACAACAAGACGAGGGUUCAGAAGAUUCAAGUUCUGAUGUUGAAGUGAAGAAGCGCGGUAGACGCCAUAAAUUGCUUCGUCAUAAGCUCUCGCUGAGUGAGGGCGAAUCAGGAGAGGAGAAAGCUACCAGUAAAGAGAAGGACAAAGGGGGCAAGAAGAAGUCAAAGCAGAAAGUGGGCAGCGACGCCUCUGAAGGCUCAGACUUUCAGAAGUCAAAUUCCAGCGCAGAGUCAGGGAUAAGCGAGGAGCUUAGUGAAUCUGACAAUGACAGGAAGUGUCGAAAGACCAGAUCUGCAAAGAAAAAAGAUGACGAAAAACAGAGAAGUUACAAGCAGAAGAAGAAGCGACGCAGGAUCAAAGUCCAGGAGUCCUCUUCCAGCAAUGAGAAGAGCGGAGGGGAAGAUGAGGGCCAAGAUGGAGAGGAACGCAAAGGACGCAAAAAGCUCCGCAAAAUCCUUAAGGACGACAAGCUGCGGACAGAGACGAGAGACGCUCUAAAAGAGGAGGAGGAGAGGAGGAAACGUAUUGCUGAGAGAGAGGCUCUCAGGAACAAACUUAGAGAGGUGAUUGUUGUGGAGGAGUCUUCCCAAGUGGCCUGUCCCAUCACCACUAAACUGGUACUGGAUGAGGAUGAAGAGACCAAGGAGCCACUGGUGCAUGUGCACAGGCAUCUUGUCACAAAACUCAAACCUCACCAGGUUGAUGGGGUGCAGUUCAUGUGGGACUGCUGCUGUGAAUCUGUGAGGAAGAUCGAGAAGUCUUCUGGCUCUGGUUGCAUCCUUGCCCACUGUAUGGGGCUGGGAAAAACUCUGCAGGUGGUGACAUUCCUUCACACUUUGCUGCUUUGUGAGAAGCUGCACUUCACCACAGCGCUGGUGGUUUGUCCUUUGAACACUGUCCUUAAUUGGGUAAACGAAUUUGAAAAGUGGCAGCUUGGUAUGAAGGAUGAUGAGUGUUUAGAGGUGACUGAGUUGGCCACCGUAAAGAGACCACAGGAGCGAGCAUAUGCCCUCCAGCAAUGGCAAGAGACAGGAGGUGUUAUGAUCAUCGGUUACGAGAUGUACCGAAACUUGACGCAGGGCAGGAACAUCAAGAGCAAGAAGCUCAAAGAGACCUUUCAGAAGACACUGGUAGAUCCAGGACCAGACUUGGUGAUCUGUGAUGAAGGUCACAUCCUGAAGAAUGAGGCAUCUGCAGUUUCCAAAGCGAUGAAUUCUAUCAGGACGAAGAGGAGGGUUGUGCUGACUGGAACGCCUCUGCAAAAUAACCUUGUUGAAUACCACUGCAUGGUGAACUUCAUCAAGGAGAACCUGCUGGGGUCAAUUAAGGAGUUCAGGAACCGCUUCAUUAACCCCAUCCAGAAUGGUCAGUGUGCCGACUCCACAUUACAUGAUGUCCGUAUCAUGAAGAAGAGGGCUCACAUCCUCUAUGAGAUGCUGGCCGGCUGUGUCCAGAGGAAAGAUUACUCUGCGCUCACCAAGUUCCUUCCUCCCAAACAUGAGUAUGUGUUGUCGGUGAGAAUGACUCAGAUCCAGUGUAAACUCUACAGGUACUACCUGGAGCACUUCACAGGUGUGGGGAAUGCUUUGGAGGGGAGCCGGGGCCGUGCUGGGACCAAACUCUUCCAGGAUUUCCAGAUGCUCAGCAGAAUCUGGACCCAUCCCUGGUGCCUUCAGCUGGACUACAUCAGUAAAGAAAACAGGGGUUUCUUUGACGAGGACAGUAUGGACGAGUUUAUCGCUUCAGAAACUGAAGAAUCCUCCAUGAGCCUGACCUCCGAGGACGAGAAGGCGAAAAAGAAAAAGAAGCAAGGGAAGGGAAAAAAGAAGGAAUCGGAUGACUCGGACAGUGAUGACGUAGAGGUCAUCAAGGAGUGGAACACCAGCUCUCGUGGCAGAAACGGAGAGGGUCGAAACAGACAAACUCCUGUAGAGGAAUCUCAGCCCACAGGCUCUGCUCCAGGCAGUCCCACUGCUGACUGGCACAAGGAGUUUGUCACUGAGGCUGAUGCUGAGGUCCUGGAGCACUCUGGGAAGAUGUUGCUGCUCUUUGAGAUCCUACGCAUGGCAGAGGAAGUAGAUGAUAAAGUAUUGGUUUUCAGUCAGUCUCUCAUCUCUCUUGACCUGAUUGAGGAUUUCUUGGAGCUGUCCUCCAGAGCUAAAGAUGAAGACAAACUCUCUCCAUACAAAGGUGAAGGCAAGUGGUUCAGGAACAUUGACUACUAUCGCCUGGAUGGCUCCACCAAUGCCACCACCAGGAAGAAGUGGGCUGAAGAGUUUAACGACACCAGUAACACAAGAGGUCGAUUGUUCCUCAUUUCAACACGAGCUGGCUCUCUUGGAAUCAACUUGGUGGCUGCCAACAGGGUCAUCAUCUUUGAUGCUUCCUGGAACCCGUCCUACGACAUUCAGAGCAUCUUCAGGGUCUACCGAUAUGGCCAGCUUAAGACUGUUUAUGUGUACAGGUUCCUGGCCCAGGGGACAAUGGAAGAGAAGAUUUAUGACCGGCAGGUAACCAAACAGUCUUUGUCAUUCCGUGUGGUGGACCAGCAGCAGAUUGAAAGGCACUUUACGACAAAUGAACUGGCCGAGCUCUACACCUUUGAGCCGGACUUGCUGGAUGAUCCUUCAGGGAAGAAGAGCAAGAAAGCCACGCCCUUGCUCCCUAAGGAUCCCUUCUUGGCUGAGAUGCUGCAGAACAGUAAGGACCAAAUCGUGUGUUAUCACGAACACGACUCCUUGCUGGACCACAAGGAGGAGGAAGAACUGAGCGAGGAGGAACGUAAGGCUGCCUGGGCCGAGUAUGAAGCAGAGAAAAAGGGUGUGUCCAUGAGGACCAACUACCCGUCACCUUAUGCCCAGAUGGACAUAGGCUCCUCUGGCUACUUCUCCUACAACGUGGCAGCUUUGGCCUCCAUGUCCAACCAGCAGCUGGAGGACCUGAUAAACCAGGGGCGACAGAAAGUCAUUGAAGCGACUAACGCAUUGAAGUCUUUGCCACGGGAGUCACUGGAGGAUACUAUCGGCAGAGUGUGGAAGGAGAACCCGUCACUCACAGAGAAUCAGGUCCAGUCUGUGGCUCUGGGUCGACAGGCGAGCGUGGAGCUGGAGCUCAAGCGCAGGGAAGCCGUCUACAGGGAUGUCCUCUCCAGGCAGCAGACGCUGAUGAUGCUCGUGCAGAAGCUGGUCACCAACAGGAAGAUGCAGGAGCAGCAGCUGGCCAUGGCUAACCAGGCUUCCUACCUGAAUCAGCUGGCCCUGCAGAACGGCUUGCUGGGAGGCAGUGGGCUCAGCCAGAUGGAGUUGCUUGGGCUUUACCAACAGCUUCAUGGCCUGGGCUCCCAUCAAGGCAUGGGCAAGAAUCCUGGUGGGCCCUCCAAGGGUCUGUAGGUCAGACGGACUCUCCCCCACCCCCACCCACACCCCCCAUCCCCGCGCCCACUCAGCUAGCCGGCUCCCAGUGGCCCAAUGCGAGUGAGGCCUAGUUCUCUGUAACAAAUGCACUGUGAGACCCCUUGAAGCAAACUGGUACACCAAUCAGAUGGUGGAAUGGUUUUGAGUCUAGGCUGCUGUCUGCUGGGGCCUCAAGUGGGAUAGACUCUCAGUUCUUUAUUCUGUAGUUCACUGAGAGAAGGUGGAAUAUAAUGUAUAAAUAACUGUGUGAAAGGAGUGCAGUAGGAAUUUCAACAGAAAAAAAAAAAUGUAUAUACUGCCUUAAUGUUAUUCAAGUUCUAUAUCUUCAUUUUACUUGUAUUUAAAGACAAAAAAGUUCUACCCCAAUGCUUUUAAGCAUUGUAUUGUUCUCCCCUUAAAAGAGGGUGUCCUCAUUAUUUAAACUCAGUUUUUUAUACUGUUUUAAAUGCCUAACUAAACCUGAGUGGGACCAGUGUCAUUGGUGACAGGACUCUAUAAUGUAAAGCUCUACAUGAUUAAUAUCCCCGGUAGAUUCCUUCACCAAUAUUUAGCAAAGCAGACCCUUGAUGGCUCUGCAAAGUCCUACUCUUUUUAGGAGAUGGAAGAAAUUGAUAAGUCAACAAAAACAGAAAAAAAAAUGGCCUUACAUUCAUUUCCUAAAAAAAAAGAGCACUGUAAAGUUCUCAGAGUUGAGAUUUGUUGAAAUUCUUUUCUAUUACGCUUUUAAGUGUUUACAUUAGUUGUCGCUGAACAUGAUAAAGGAAUGCUUGUGUUGUUCAAAACUGCCUGCCGCUUCCUAUGACCUUUUUGUAACAUCAUUCUCAUUGUCACGUGUUGUCUAGCAUAGCACUGUGCGUCCUGUUCAUUGUUUAUGUUCCACUUGUGUUGAUCCCAAGCGUUGGGCGAGCGACUGGGUCUCACAAAGCACAGCCAGUUCAGCCGGGUGUCACAGGGCCCAAACCUUUUCCAUUCACUUGCCUGUCAAAGUUUGAAAUGUGCGUUUCAUGCUGGAUUUGGUAGAGUAAAGAAAGAACUGCCUGGCUCAUCUGUGUCUUCUGCUUUGUGAGAAAUGCCUUCUGGACACUGUAGUCUCACCAGGCAGGCCCCCCAGACUACCUGUAAUCUACUUUGGCACAUUUUUGCUUCUAAAUGCUUAAACUGGUGUAGCUGUUGUUCAUGAGGAAUAUGUACAUUUCUCCUGAAGAGAUGCCUGUUGUCUCUAGUUGGCUCCUGUGUUUGCACAAGGUGUAUUUCAUAAAUGUAGAAAAACUUUUUGGCCCUCCUUUUAAGAAUGUUCUUAUGUUAUCAAAUACACCGACAUGAUUUGCCAUGGAUCUGAUCUGCUAUUAUCUUGAUUAAGUAUUUAAUAUAACACUUAAUAAAGUGACCAAAAGGGUGA